CGUGCGUUGCUCUCUCUCUCUCUCUGUCUCGCUCGACUAGGGUUAAGGAUUUUAAGAUCUUCUACACAAAAAUCUUCGAUUCAUGGACAUGUUGAAGAAGCGAAGACUCGAUGUGAACGGCGCCGUAUCGACUGGAUUGACGCCACAGGACGCGAGGAAGCUAAUGGAGCGAUUCUCCACCGAACAGCUUCUCGACAUCUUGCAAGACGCCGUCGCGCGUCACCCCGACGUUCUCGAACUUGUCAGAUCGACCGCAGACGCCGAUACCACUCAGAGGAAGCUCUUCAUCCGCGGCCUCGCGGCGGAGACGACGACCGAAGGUCUCCGGUCGCUUUUCUCCACUUACGGAGAUCUCGAAGAAGCCAUCGUGAUUCUCGACAAGGCGACUGCGAAAUCGAAAGGGUACGGUUUCGCGACGUUCAAACACGUGGACGGAGCUCUUCUCGCUCUGAAGGAACCGUCUAAGAAGAUCGAUGGGCGCGUGACGGUCACGCAGCUCGCGGCGUUUCGGAAUCAAGGUUCGGUUGCUGCUGCUCAUGUGUCCGCGAGGAAGAUCUACGUGGCGAAUGUGCCGGUUGAUAUGCCUGCGGAUAGGUUGUUGAAUGUGUUUCUCGCUUACGGGGAGAUUGAGGAAGGUCCUUUGGGUUUCGAUAAAGUUACUGGUGAAUCAAGAGGCUUUGCGUUGUUUGUGUAUAAGAGUUGUGAAGGUGCUCAAGCGGCACUUGCUGAUCCUACAAAGGUGGUUGAUGGAACACAUCUGCAGUGUAAGUUGGCUAUUGAGGGUAAGAAAGGGAAGCUAUUGGGCCAGGAUGGUGGUUCUGGGCCUGGACGUGGUAGUAUGGUGUGUCCUCCUCCUCCUGGACCUUAUGUUGGUUACUCACCACAGCCGCAUCACAUGAACUCCACACCAUGGGUUGCUAAUGCUGGUCACUACAAUGGUCCAUAUAGAAUGCCGCCACCAAGUUCCAUGUCUGGUGGUGAUUUUCCUGUGAAUGGGCACUAUUGGCAUUCAUCAGCUUCAUCAUAUCCUGGACAGCAUCAGCCUGUUGGUUCCUCCCCAAUGCCAAGAGUUCCUCUUGGAGGAAUGUACCCAAACUGUCCACCAAAUUACUGAGCGGUCUGUGACAAGGCGAAGAUGCUUUUUGUGUGCUUAGUGGUGAUAGAGUGAUUGUGGACUCUUUUAAUAAUCUCUGGAUUGAUGAAUGUACUGCUGCUUUGACCUCUGUCUCUCUGGACUUGAACUGAAUGUGGGCCUUGGCCUCUGAAUCCCUAGUUUCUCUAUGAAUUAUUAGCCUAGGAUGUCUUCUUAUAAUUUUUUUCUUGCAUAGACAAUAGUUGGCAGAUUUGUUUUGUUUGCCAGAUUAGUGAUUUUCAAUAAUAUUGGUUGUAUGUGUCUUUUCUACCUUGUUUCCUGGUUACUCUUCCUUUACUCUUGUGGAACAUUGACCCAUGUCUCACUUGUGUGUGAUCUUUGAGGACAUUUAUAUGGUGAGAAUCUUUUACAUGACAUAAAUAUAGUGGCACUAGAAGAUUGUCUUUGUGAAUUUAUUUUUGACUGGUGUAUUCAUAAGUUAAACUCAAAAGUGUUGAACAUGUGUUGCUUUAGCAGCCUGAGAUACAGGAAAUUGUAUCCUGUCUUUCCUGAUUUCUAAGCAGACUUGUGAAGUUUUAACGUUUAGUAGUGUCAAAACCGGACAUGAUAUAAUUUUCCUGAAGAGUGCAUUUUACGUUGGCAUUGUUUGCACACACAGAAGAAAUUCUGUUUCAGAUGAUAACAAAUCUAAUUUGUCUCUUUUGUGAUAAAUGCCAAAUGAAGAGAGUUAGUUUCCAUGAUCGUGUUUUGGUUCAAUUUUCAGAGGUUUUUGUCAUUUUUUUCUUCCUGAUAUAUAUGGCUUUGUUUGUUUGGGGAAAAAUACAUAAUCCCAAUGGUUUGUGAUGUUAAGAGAAUUUGGUUGAUUAUUCUCUGAUGAAGACAAGGACUUUAAUCUUAUCUCUUGCUUCUUGUCCACAAACUGUUUGGCUUGUGUGUCAUUAUCAGGUAUCAUUCGGUCACACUAACUUGUGAGUUGUGACCACUUAGUCCUUUUAUUUUACCCUUUAUUUCAUUUUUCCUUUUUAUUUGGCGAUUUUCUGGUGUGACGGAGGAGGUGUGACAAUGAGAGUCGAAGAGCAAUGGCGGAAUCAUUUAUUUGGAUCAUGUAAUUGAAUAUGUGUUGUUUAUACUUUGUACGCUGUCAUAUUCACGUUCUAAUAAUAUAAGCUACCCAGGCCUUUUUU